AUGAGUGGAGGGACAGUGAGGGAGACCAGCCUCGUCCAGCAGACCUGUGCUCUGCUGCGGAAGAAUCUUCUGGUACAAUGGAGGCGGCUGGGACAUGUAGUGCUGGAGUGGCUCCAGCAUUUCGUGCUGGUCCUCCUGCUCUUCUUAAUUCUGCUUGUCGAUGGCGGUCCAAACCCGAAGGUAUACUUGCCGGCCGAGGUCCUGGGGCGUCUGGAUGAAUUCAGCAACCGCAGUUUUCCAGUUGGCUACAUCCCUACAACCCCGGCCAUCAGGGACAUAAUGCAGAGGGUCAACAGAAGCACCAUCAUCCCAGGAAUAUCGGUUCAGGAAUUUCAAAAUGCUUCUGACCUUCUGGAUGCAGUUAAUGAGAACAUGCCCGCUGGUGUGGAAUUUGUGAAUGAGUUUACAUAUUAUAUCAGAUAUGAUCUACAAACCAUCUCCAGCCCCAAUGACUACCUGGCUUAUAGAAGUGAUUGUGACAGUUCAGAACGUUACUGCGACCCCCCGAAGUACUGGAAAGAGGGGUUCAUCUCUCUACAGGCCAGCAUUGACUCUGCCAUAGUAGAGAGGAACACCAAGCAGUCGCUAUGGGAUGAUAUGGCGGCCACAGAGGUGGUGAAGAUGAGAGCAUUGAAGUACACAGAAAGGACGGUCCUGGACAUGGGCAUCUACAUCUAUGCCAUGAGCAUGUGCUUCGUCUCGCUGUCCUAUGUCAUGACGCUGCAGAUCACCCGGGAGAGGAGGAAAACCAGAGAGCUGAUGAGGAUGAUGGGACUGAAGGAUCUGGCGUUUUGGUUGUCUUGGGGGUUGCUUUACACCAUCAGUGCCAUCAUCAUCGCCACCCUCAUGGCUUUGGUCGCCACCACUUAUGUGUAUGUUGAAAGUUCCUUUGGCGUUAUUUUUCUGCUCUUCUGCCUCUACGGUGUAGCAACGGUCUGCUUUAACUGCAUGCUGAGCGCCCUCCUCAGGAAGCACCGCCUGACAGCGAUUCUGAGCUUUUUCAUCACUCUCCUCCUAUCUGCACUUGGCCUCCUACCACUGAUGAACGCCAUGCCCAGAUCUCUGGAAGUUUUUCUGAGCAUCUUCCACCCCUUCUCCUUCACCGUUGGGAUCUCUGAGAGCAUGCACAUGGAAAACGACUUUCAAGGGGCCUUCUUCUCGGACAUCGGUGGUGACUCCUCCCACAUACUCUCCAGCGCCAUCUACUGACUCUAGACUCGGUGCUUUAUAUCAUCCUCACUCUCUACUUUGACAAGAUUAUUCCAGAUAAACACGGAGUGAGACAUGAGCCGCUCUUCUUCCUCAGAUCUUCAUUCUGGUCAAAGAAGAAGAAAAUGACCCCCAUACCGCUAGGAGAAGGAGGGCGCAUGGAGGAGGACUUGGGGGACUAUGUAGAAAAAGUGCCUACUGAGUUACUGGGACAAGAAGCGAUCAGGAUAAGUAAUGUCAAGAAGAUGUACAGUGGCAAGGACAAGAAGACAGAGGCGCUACGAGGACUGAAUCUGGACGUCUAUGAGGGACAGAUCACAGCGUUACUCGGUCACAGCGGAGCUGGAAAAACCACCUUACUGAAUAUACUCAGCGGGAUGUGUGGAACCACUAGCGGAUCCGCCAACAUCUAUGGCCAUCCUCUAUCAGACCUCAGUCUUCGUCAGGAGCUCCGGAGAAAGAUCGGCUUUUGUCCGCAGUUCGAUGUCAACUUUGAGCUUCUAACGUUGAAGGAGAACUUGGAGGUUUUUGCUCAGAUUAAAGGAGUUCCUAGAAGUAAAGUGAAAUCCGAGGUAGAAAAGGUCCUUUGUGACCUGGACAUAGAGAACAUUGAAGACCUGAGAGCCAAUAAACUGAGUGGAGGUCAGAGGAGGAAGCUGACCCUGGCGAUUGCACUAUUAGGAGACCCCGAGGUUCUGUUGCUGGAUGAACCGACGGCUGGCCUCGACCCGUUCUCCAGGCACUGUGUAUGGUCUGUUCUCAAAGAGCGCAAAGCUGGCCACGUCACUCUAUUCAGCACGCAGUUCAUGGACGAAGCCGACAUCCUUGCAGACCGCAAGGCUGUGCUCUCCAACGGGAGGCUGAAAUGUGUUGGUAGCUCUUUUUUCCUAAAACGGAAAUGGGGUAUCGGCUAUCACUUGAGGAUGCAGGUGACCCCGUCAUGUGACACAGAGGCCAUCACAUCACUCAUAAAGCAGCACGUCUCCAGUGCCAAACUCAGCACACAGAAUGUGGAGGAUUUGACCUUCACCCUGCCAUUUGAGAACAUGGAUGCCUUCCCAGCUCUGUUCUCUGACCUGGAGGGACGUGUUGGACGUGACAUUGUAAGUUACGGGGUCUCUAUUACCACGCUGGACGAUGUGUUCCUGAAACUGGAAGGGGAGGCCGAGAUUGAAAGAGGAGAUUACGGUGUUUUUGCUCAUGAGCAAAAUGAUCAGGAGGACCAGGAUCACUUCUCCUCGGAGCCGGAGGAUUCAGCCCUUCUGAUGUCAGACUCUGGUAUGCCCACCAUUAGUGGAAUGGCACUAUGGAGACAGCAGGUGUUGGCUGUGGCGAGGAUCCGAUACUUGAAGCUUAUCCAUGAUGUGAAAGGCUUUCGAUCCAUACUUCUUCUGCUGGUACUGUUUAUCCUUCCCCUGGUUACCAUCACCAUACUGGUUUUUCACUGUCAUCUCUGUACAAUACUGGGAGCUGACUCCACAUCUUUACUUCCGAAGACCUGGAGAUCGGGCACACGGAUAUUACUCCAAUCUUCUGCUUGUCAACACAACUGG